AUGCCACAAUCUUCGUGCAAGUACUUCAAAGUGCAAGGACGUAAUGUCAACUUGCACCUGCGGAUCGAGUUAGUGGGCGGUGCUAAUAGAAGCAGUGAGGAACUCGCCGGUAUAAGUGAGCUGAACGUUGAUGACGGCGAUUCCUCAGUAUGUGACGACGAGUCCCCACUUCUGCCCGUUAUCAGCGAAGGCAAGGCGGACUCCACGACCGAGCUCAAAGAGAGACUGCAUCUGAUAGAGAAGAACUGCUUGGGGCUGGAAAGGUUAUACCAAAAAUACAGACUUCGUUGGCUGGAGGAAAAAUAUCGAGUAGGGGUGCUGGAAGAGUACGCACCACAUGGAAUCAGUACUUGCUCUCCCCGUCAGAUCCCAUGGGAUGCCCCUUCUCCUCCUCGAAGUAGAAAAACUUACUGCAAACUUGGCUUCUGCAUGUCGCCUAUCGCGCACGUCGAUAAUGUACGCGCGCCUGUAUUGUUGUUGAUUGGAGAAGACGACUUGCGUGCGGUACCGGCACAGGGAUUGAGGUUUUAUGAUGCGCUCAAGGGUAGGGAAAAGAGAGUGGAGAUGUUGUGGUUUAAGGGGAGACACAUUCGAUUGAUGGUGUUGAGGCGGCAAGGGUUUCGUGGGAGGCUGGGAGGGAUUGGUUUAAGAAUCUGA